AGCAGCACGCAAGAUCCACUGGACAGCCGUCCUGCUUUAACAAGGGGCCCUGCUCCGGGCAAGGGGCAGGACCUGAUGGCACUCUGGCCCUUCCCACCUCUACUAUUGUAUGUUCCUUCCUAUAUUCUGGGCUCCCUCCAAGUCCCCAAAGGCUCAGGAGACAUGGAUUCUCCUGCCCUCCUGUUUCCCUGAGCCUUCUGGGUCAUUUGACCCUUUCCAGUAGAUUCCAGCUUGUGAGAUGAGCCUUAUUAAUCCUGCACAGGCAAAAUCAUUCAGUGCUAUUGGUUUUUCCAUGUCCAGCGGCUUCUGCUCUUCCCUGCAUCGACAGCAAGGGUGGAACCAGAGGGCACCCGAAAGAAGCCAUGUUUUUUAAAAAGCCUGUCCCUCUGCUUCUGCCUCCCACUCAGUGCCUGGCUCCGCAGAGCGUGGGUGUCUGCGUCCGCCCUGGAUGCAGUCUGUGACCUGCUUCUGCAUGCCAGUCUCCUCCUUUCCUCUCCUCUGCCUCAUAGGCCUCCACCAUCUGCUGGAAAAGAUGGGCAAUGUGCAGAGCAGUAGCUCCUACCAGAAGCACCUCUCGAGGCUUCUUCCCGAAGAGCGUGCUGACAUCGACGCCAUCUUUAGCACCUUGUCGGGAUCGGAAGAGGCUUCCGUGGCCAAGUCGGCCAAGAAGGGGGUGUCUCUGCUGAAGCUGAAGGCCUACGUCAAAGAUGCUUUGCCUGAAUCGAUGGUCGUGAGGCUGUACGAUGGGAUGAAAAGCAUUCAGCUGACUGAGAAAUUGCCAGAUCCCGGCGCCCAGGUGGCAAAGGAGCAGUUUGUGGUUUUUCUGUCAGCGAUUUUCAAAGGCAACGCGGAAGAAAAAAGUGGUAUUAUCCUGAGAAUGAUCUCAAAUGCCGGGGGGCCUGUGAAGGAAAGUCAGAUCCUAGAGUUUGCAGAAGAUCUGGUUGGCUCCUUGGCUCACGUUCUGAACUACAGGAAUGAUCUGAAGGGCUGGUAUCCAAAGAAUAUGCAUGAUUCCACUGCCGGUGUGAAAGCGUUGGCCGUGCAGCUGGUGUCUGAACUGAAAUCAGCACAUGGGAAGAGCCCCGGGGAUGCUUCCGCCCCGGACGCCACAUGCGAUGAGAGCAGCAUUGAGGACUGGCUCUUCCGGGUCCCUCAGGUCUCUGUGUACCUCAGCGCCGUCGUCCAGCGGGGGCUGCUUGCUCUGCGCUCUCCCGCCGAUCAGCCCGAAGACUUGCCCCCCUUGCUUCCAAAAUGCAGCGGGCUCAAGGGACACAGUUUCGUCAGCCUCCUCAACCUCCCCGCCGUCGCUUACAUCAACUCCCACCUGCCUUCCGAGCUGCAGCAGAAGUGGAGGCUGCUCUUUGCCUCCAGCGUUCACGGGGAGAGCUUCACCCAGCUGUGCGGGCACAUUGUGAACAAGGGCCCCUGCGUACUGGUUUUGAAGGACACCGACGGCCACAUCUUUGGCGGGUUUUCCUCCUCCUCCUGGGAGGUUAAGCCACAGUUUCAAGGCAACAGCAGCUGCUUCUUGUUUUCCGUGGCGCCCACGCUUGCCGUCUUCAGUUACACCGGCUACAACGACCACUACAUGUACUUGAAUCACGGGCAACAGACCAUGCCGAACGGACUCGGCAUGGGCGGACAGCACGGCUACUUCGGACUCUGGGUAGACAGCAACUACGGGAAGGGCCACAGCAGAGCCAAGCCUCGCUGCACCACGUACAACAGCCCUCAGCUCUCGGCCAAGGAGAACUUCACGCUGGAUGCCAUGGAGGUGUGGGCGGUGGGGGACCCCCCGGAAGGGGCCGCUGAGAAGGGGCCAAAGAGCAUUUUGGACGCAGAUCCCGAGGCCCAGGCGCUGCUGGAGCUGAUCGGAAAGGGCCGCCAGAGCGACGGUCUGCGGGCGCCGGCCGACGAGGAUGGCGACAACUGAGGGGGCCCGGGAAGCCUCCGCCUGCCGCCAAGCCGAGUUCCUCGGGAUCCACCUCCGAGCUCUCUGCUUCCCACGUGUCCAAACUAAACUGCGCGGCCCUUCAAGAGUACCGAGUGCUCCUUCUAGAGCAGGCUCCCUGCUGGGGAGACACAUUGCACGGGGCAGUGCGGGAGGUUUCGCGGGUGGGCAGGUCGGAUGCGCCGUCAGGAGUGGACGGGGCGGGAGGUGCGCUUGGGUGCUGUCCUGCCAUUUGUGUCCUCAGUGAUUGCCAGUCCCCGAAUGUGGCGGGUUAGGGCCAUCCCCGUAGGACAUGGCAGGGACAGCCUUUGCCUCCCAUCCUCUUGCCCGCCUUUUUUUUGGUUGGAUGGGCUUUGCCACCCAUUUAAGGAAGGCAUUUCAGAGAAGGCAGGCAGGCAGCUGGCUCUGAAUAGCUCCUAUCUCUCCUCCCCGCCAUCCCCGGGAUGCCCCCUCCCCUCCGCUCCCCGAAGUCGAGUGUCCAACCUCGGAGGCAGGUGGCGCCGUUCUUUCCAUUCAGGUGGGAAGGGCGAAGUGGGGUUGGAUCGCCACCUCCUGCAGCGGGAUUGCAAACAGCCCCACACCAGGUGCCAUAGCUUUGUCCCACCCCCCUCCCUGGUGACAUGACUAUCUUCUUAACCACCCAGCAUGAUAAAUAACUCUCUUUUCCAUCUCCUUUCUCUCCUUUCUUAUAUUUUCAAUUUCUUUGCACAUUCUGCCUGCCAAUGGCUGAAGCCAGCAUUUGGGAUUUCUGUUAGAAAACCCUUCCUGGAACGGGUGGCAGCUGGGAUUCACCGCUCAAAAGGCACAUGGUCUUCCACACAAGCCAGAGCCAGUUUUGUUAAGCAUUUGGAAAACCUAAAGCUCGGCCUCCUGGGUUAUCAUUGAGCAAUCUAUAUUUGGAAUAGUUAACUGAGCAGUGAAGGUCAAAACAUUGAGACCGGGUUUUUUUUCAUGGUCGCAGUCUGUAGUCCUAAGUCCACUGAUGUAAAACUUGAGCAGGAUUGGAAGAGAUGUUAGUGUGUGGGUGUAGUUCCCGCUGGAGCGACGAGUUGUGUGUUUCAGCCAAACGGAGCAGUUUCUGAAGCUCAGCCCCAAUGACUCUGCAAAGAAGCCAUUUCUGUGGUCAUUGAAGGCUUGCUUUGGGAUUUAGCCUACGGCUUAUGCCAAUGGAGUGUGACUGAACUAUUUUCAUUGGUUUUCCUGUUGCCGUCUGCAAUUCAAAAGCGCAUCUCUGUACUGUGAAACAUGCAACACUUGAAAGAAUUUGUUGUCGUACAAGGCAGGAUGCAAGUUUUUAAGCCACACAGGGGCAGUAGAAGAAAGAGCUCUGUGUGUGCUGUUUAAGGCCGGAUGUCCAAGUGUCAGGUUUAUCCCAGCUAAUCCUGUGUCUAUAGACCUUUUCAGUCUUGAGUUGGUGAACUUUGGAUCAGACAGAUGAGGUUGUUGUCUUGGACGCAAAGGAACAAACGAAAAAACUAUUCCCUUUUUAUAAGUGUAAAAGAAAAAAGGGAAGCUUCUGGCACAGUGCCUCUUUGUUCCCUGCCUUUCAGGGAACUUCACAGAUCACUGGAAGGGAGAGAACAAAAGGAAAACCCUCUCUGAAGAGGGGAACAGCACGCAAAAAUCUCUGUCGGUUCGUUCUCGUACUCGGGCUGCAUUUUCACCAAAGCUGGAUGGCAGCUGUUUCUUCUCUUCAAAGAGGAGGCCAUCUUUGAUCUGAAUCCCUGACAUGGUGAAGCCCUGUUUCAGACCUGUAGCCUUCGAAGGAGUCACAGGCAAUAGCACUCUCAAGACCAGACGUCCUUUCCCCCUCCCCUGCUCAUGCACACUCCCGAAUAGAGGCAGCCGAUUCCCCUGCAAAUGCUUGCUGUUCAAGGCCGAUUCUUGCUUAGGUGUAGUUCCCCUUGAAUUCCAUGGGGCUUCUCGGUGGAAAUACCUACAGUCAGGCUGCAGAAGAGCAACCAAGUCACCCUUUGGAGUUCUUUUAGAGACGCAAGACACAGAACAUCUUCACCCAGUGUUCCCAAGGCGAUGCUUUCCAGAUCUUUUGGACUACAGUGUCUUUCAGCCUCAGUUGCCUGGCCAGUGGCAAUCGGUAAUGGGAGUUGUAGUGCACGGAGUCCAGUUGACACAGUGUCUGCCUCCGGCUGGGUCUAGCUGUGUGGGUACCAUCACUGGCAACCUGCUCGUGGUUGGUUCUUCACCUUCCUUUCUUGAGAUCUUUAGUAAGAAAAGUCGGGAGCUGCAGGCCAGACUGACAGAUGAAACGUGCCCUCUGCCCCGAGCUUGUACCCUGGACUGUUUCUCCUGCUGCAUCCCAAACACAUCCAUACCUGGGGAGCAGCCUCCCCCAAAUUGGCAGGGGAGUGGAUCUAGAGGAAGCCGCCUGGGAGAGGAUUUGCACGUCAUCCCCCGUUAGGGGAGGAGGGGGUAGUCCUUGCACCAUGAGGGAGCCCGUGUCUUGCAUGCCGAAAAGGCGAGCAGCACCUAUUUGGGUGGCUUUAAAAGGGGACUGGGCACAUUCAUGGAGGAGAAGGCUGUCCAUGGCUGGUCGUCCUUGGCUCUGAAGCAGGAAGCGGGUGGAGCAGCAAAACUGCCCAGACUGACUCCUCCGUGGCCAUCAAGACAAUCAAAGCACUGCCUAGCUCAAAAGAAUUGGGCCAAAUUAAUGUUUAGAGAAGGUAUAGAUGGCCCAGGGAAAGCCUAGGCUAGUCGUAUCUUUGUGUUCCGGCCAAAUGUGUUGGUCUUACUGUGGUAUUAUCUACCUUCUAUUUGGCUUUUUUGAUCUAUGGUGUCCACCGAGAGCUGUCUUUGAAUGAACACGUCCUUCUGCCUUUCCUUUAAAAAAAUGCAAUUAUGAGUUUCUUUUUUAAAAAAUUGAGGGUGAAAUGAUUGUUGCAUAAACAAUCCCAGGGACUGUUAAUUAGUCAGGUAUAUACUACACACAUUACCUCCAGUAACAGGCGGCAUUCAGCCUGAAAAAGGAAGGAAAUGCUGCUGAAGCACCAGCUGAAUGCUGGAAUCUUUGAGGAAGCGUGCUGAUCAUUGGUAUUAAUCUUUUUUUAAAGCAGCCUUGGAAUGAUUUUAUAAUAAUGCAUGUCAGAUCGCAUAUAAUCAAUUGACUGCAACAAAUAAACGUUCCAGGUCCUUCCUGUAA